ACGCGAAGAAGUAUGUAAUUGUGAAAGGCUUCUCCCUCUCUCUUUACUUCUCACACCGCUCACUCUCUCUCUCCUUCUCUCCAUGUCUUCUUCACAUCAAACGUAGAUUUUUCUUUUUCUUUUUCUUUUUUUAAUCUCAAACCAUUUUUUACUCUCGCAAAGUGGUGUAUCUGGGGAAGUUUGAUUUGUGAAAUGAACAAAGGACAGUCACCGGAGCCGCUUGAUUUCUUCAUCUGGACUGUUGAGGAUGUUGGCUUGUGGCUGGAGACUAUAAAUCUUGGUAGUUACCGCCAAAUUUUUAAAGAAAAUGGUGUUAAUGGAGAAUACCUGGAAGGCAUGUCCAUGUUUACAACUGAACAGAUCCUACGAUUUAUAAGACGUUGCCACAUGAAGUGGGGAGACUUCAUCACGUUGUGCAAGGAAUUAAGACGGAUUAAAGUGGCUUGUCUGAAAGGGGAGCAGAAGGUGCGGCGGCCAUGGUGGGCGCCGGCGUGCCUAUCAACAGUGUUCUUGAAGGUGGCAAAAUCCAACAGACAAUCUAGAGUUGUUUCCCUGAAGCUGGAACCAUGAUACAAUAAAUUGAAGCUCUACAUGUGUGUACGUAUAGCAAUUUUCUUUUUGCCUAGAAAACAAAAGAUAGGAAGAACUUUUUCUAGCCUUUUUUUAUUUUUCUUUCCAUUGCAAAAUCUGGUUGUUUCUUCUCCUCUGGAGAAAUCUUAUGUUGUAGAAGGUCCUUGUGCACUAAUUCCAGGUGCUGUGUAAUUAUGUAUUCUCUGUUAUGCGAACGAAAAUACGAUAUAUGCUGUUUCUCUAAUCUUCAAGUUCAAAUCACCAUCGUUAUCUUCA